AAACUUAGCUUCAGAGUCACACUGACAACAGACUGAGGGAAGCUGGCACUGGGUGAAGUCUGAUCACAAUUGGCAAAAACGAGAGGAUUAGAAUGGAUGUUGGGAGAUACUUUACUGUGUUGGUGCUGGUUUUAAUUCAUGGAGCCUGGGCUGUGAAAUACCAGCACAAAGAUUACCUGGUCUACGUGGUUCAGGAGCAGAGUCCGGAUAAACAGUUUGAUGUGGAGGUGGACGGUGAUGAGGUUCUCUACAUGGAUUUCAACCUGAAGAAGGAGGUGGCGCGGAUCCCCGAGUUUAACAACCAGGCAAUGCAGGGAGGAGAGGCGGGGAUCUCAGCCAACAUCGCCAUCAUGAAACAGAGUCUAAAUGUGUUGAAGAACCUGUCGCACGGGACCCUGGAACCGACAUUUGCCCCUCAGAUUGCCAUGUACCCUGAAGACCCUGUAGAAUGGGGACAGCCCAACAUGUUGAUCUGUCUGGCUGAUGGGUUCCACCCUCCACACAUCACCAUGAAGUGGAGAAGAAACAAUGAAGAACUGACUGAUGGAGUCAACAUCACAGAGUACUAUAUAAAAAUAGAUUAUUCCUACCAGAGAUUCACAUACCUGAAUUUCAUCCCGAGUCCAGGAGAUAUGUAUUCCUGUCAUGUGGAUCAUGAGAGUCUGGAGGAGCCAACAACUGUAUUCUGGGAACCCGAAGUGCCUGAGGAAAAGUCUGGUGCAGGGACAGUGAUCUGUGCUCUGGGACUCACUCUGGGAAUCAUCAGUGCUGUUGUAGGGAUCAUCUUACUGAUCAAAGAGAGACAGAGGCUGCAAGUUCAACAACAUGGCAUAUAGGGAUGGAAGGCUUAGCCACACCAUAAACCCAUCACUGUCGCACUGUGUCCUCUCACCUCUGCACUAUGUCCUCUCAUCACUUCUUGUGAAGCUGCAGGAAACGGAAACUAAUUUCUGAACUCACGGAGCGUUGAUUUAUUCUUGAUACAAUUAUGUCUUCAGAAUUCAUGAUUGUUUUUAAAAUCAUUUUUAAAGAUAGACUAAUUUGUUAGAAAUAUCUCCACAUGAACAAUGUCAGUACGUUAAAAUGUUUGUGGUGUCACAGAUUUCAUUAAAACUUGUACAAAGUUGUAAAAUA